AGGUAUAUGAAUGCCUUCAUUGAAGAUGCGAAGCUGGUGACUCCCGAGGGUGCAAAGAAAGACUUCAAGCAAUUCUUUGUGAAGGGCGAGCAAAUUCGAUUUGUUCAAAUCCCUCCUGAUGUGGAUGCUGUGAAGAGUGUAGAAGUUCAACUGGCUGAACUGGGGAAGCAACCUCAACAGAAGGCCAUGCCAUUGACCCGUCGUGCAGCCACCUUACUUCAAGAGACAAGGGACAUGAGGGCUCACAUCCGUCAUCAGAAACAACAGCAGCACAAUUAA